UUUUCCUGCCCGAGGGCGCACCGUCGAAGAACAUCAUGAUGAGCCUGCUGUGCGUCGUCUUUGCGCUGUGCCUGCUCGGGGUCCGCGGCUUGGGAGACCCCGGCCCGUUGGAAGACGUCGUCAUCGACCGAUACUACAUCCCCAAAGUGUGCCUGCGAGAAGUCCAGAUGGGAGACUUCGUCCGGUACCAUUACAAUGGCACUUUUCAGGACGGCACCAAGUUCGACUCUAGCUAUGAUCGAGGUGCCACCGUGGCCGGUGUGGCUGGCGUGGGGCGACUCAUUACCGGCAUGGACAGAGGCCUGCAGGGGAUGUGUGUGAACGAGAGAAGGCACCUCAUUGUGCCACCUCAUCUUGGCUACGGCAGCAUUGGCGUGGCUGGCCUGAUUCCCCCGGACACCACCCUCUACUUCGAUGUCAUUCUGCUUGACAUCUGGAACAAAGAAGACAAGCUGCAGAUCACCACCGUCUCCAAGCCACAACGCUGCAACCGCACAGUGGAGAACUCAGACUUUGUGCGCUACCACUACAACGGCACACUUCUCGACGGCACCCCCUUUGACUCCAGCUAUGGAAAAGACAGUACUUAUGACACCUACGUGGGUUCAGGUUGGCUGAUCAAAGGGAUGGACGAGGGCCUGCUAGGCAUGUGUGCUGGAGAGAAACGGCAAAUAGUGAUCCCCCCGUUCCUGGCCUAUGGAGAGAAAGGCUACGGCACUGUCAUCCCGCCUCAAGCCUCCCUCGUUUUUGAUGUUCUCCUGGUGGACCUACACAACCCAAAAGAUGGCAUCUCCCUGGAGCACUUGGAAGUGCCAGCGUCUUGCAAGCGCAAGGCCGUGACCGGAGACUUUGUGCGGUACCAUUAUAAUGGCACCCUGAUGGACGGGACCCUCUUUGAUUCCAGUUAUUCACGAAACCACACCUACGACACUUACAUUGGGAAAGGCUACAUUAUUCCAGGAAUGGACCAGGGGCUUCAAGGAGUCUGUAUUGGCGAAAGGAGAAGAAUCAUUAUCCCACCCCACUUGGCCUAUGGAGAAACGGGGGCAGGGAACAAGAUCCCUGGCUCGGCUGUGCUCAUCUUCGACGUCCACGUCAUCGAUUUCCACAAUCCCACAGACCCUGUGGAAAUACAGACUAUCCACCGGCCUGCGGACUGCAACGUCACCACCCAAGACAGGGAUUUUGUUCGCUACCAUUACAACUGCUCCCUCCUGGAUGGCACCAAGCUCUUCUCCUCUCACGACUAUGAAAACCCUCAAGAAGCCACACUAGGGACCAACAAGAUAAUUGAAGGCCUGAACAACGGCCUGCUCAACAUGUGCGUGGGGGAAAAACGUUCCGUCAUCGUUCCUCCCCAUUUGGGUCACGGCGAAAGUGGAGCCCGGGGUGUACCUGGCAGUGCCGUUCUCUACUUUGAGUUAGAGCUUCUACACCGGGAGCCAGGAGUUCCAGACGGAUACCUGUUUGUCUGGCACAGCGACCUACCAGAAAACCUGUUUGAAGCCAUGGAUCUCAACAAGGAUGGUGAAGUCCCACCUGAGGAGUUCUCAGAGUUCAUCAAAGCUCAGAUCGCUGAAGGCAAAGGUCGUCUCAUGCCAGGCCCUGACCCAGAAAAAGUGGUCACUGACAUGUUCCAAAACCAAGACCGGAAUAAGGAUGGGAAGAUCACAGCGGAGGAACUGAAGCUGAAAUCAGAUGAGGAUCAAGUUAAACACGAGGAACUUUAAAAGACUCUGGGAUUGGGCUUCGUUGUUGUUGUUGUUUUUUGUUUUGUUUUUUUAAAAAGCACUCCAGUUUGGUGCCUCUUCCCCUACCUUGCAGGGCCAGAUGCUCACUAACUCCCUUUCCUGAGUUAAAGAGACUGAACCUACAGAAGCAAACCUAUUUUGUUCCACAUGUUGUACCUUUGCUCUUUUUUCCCCCCUCUCCCCUUUUUUUGAGAACUAUUUAACUGAGAUCCUGUUUGGACAUACCAAAAUCAGGGAGUUAGCGCUUGCUAUGGUUGCCUUUCCAGGCAACCACCACACACCCACACCAUUUAUUGAAGCCCUUCCUUUUCAUCAGGCAUCCGAUCUGCAACAAAAUUGUCGCGAGCAGGAGGCGUGCCAUUACACAGACACCCCGUUGGAUUUUUGUGUGUUCUCUUGCCAAAUCGAGGAAGCUGAAUUCUAUAUUAAGGAUUCCCGAAACGUGUGACGGGAACGAAACAAAUGCAUUGCUUAAGUGUAUUUCCAAGAAUGGGGCAUUAAGUUUUUCUUUCGGGCAAAACUAGAAAGGAGAGGAGCGGAAACGUGGAGAUAAGGUUUACCUAUCUGCUCCAAUAUUGUUUGAAUGGCAGGUGCGUGGGCAGCCUUUUAAUCUGUCAAGGGAUGCCUUGCUUCUGAUGUAAUCAGACUGCAGUGGCAGUGGGCGGAGCAGAAGACAGGAGUGGGUGUGGCCAAAGUGGGCACACUGCUUCCCCCAUUCUUUCUGCCACAUCCUUUUCUUUCUGUCCCUCUUUCCUCCUUUUUCUGGCCCUGCUUCUCUCUCCGUCUCCCUCCUCACCCAGCAGGCUCCUGAGGAAAGGACUGCUCACUCUUGUAGUGGUUCUGAGCUGCCCGUAUUGCCCCCUGAGGGCUUCUGAAAUCAGUUCAAGGACUACAUGAGAUUAGGCCAAGGGGCUGCUGAGCUCUGUGACCAAGUUGUGAUGGCGGGACUCUUAAUAGGUGCAGCUUUCCCUCAUUGCUGCUUGUGCCUACAUAAGGAACCCGGCUAGAUCAGGCCAGUGGCCCAUUUAGUCGCAGCAUCCUGUUCUCGCAAGAUGCCUACAGGCAGGGAGGACCAGAGUGCAACGACACUCUCAGAAAUACCUGCUGGAUUUCUGCAGCAACUGGUACAGUGGUGCCUCGCUUAACGAAUGCCAUGCUUAACGAAAUUUCCGCUUAACGAAAGGUUUUUUCUAGUGGAGGUUGCCUCGCUAGACGAAUUCAUUUUACGAAAAAAUUGUCUAGCGAAUCGCGGUUUCCCAUAGGAAUGCAUUGAAAUUCAAUUAAUGCGUUCCUAUGGGCAAAAAAAAUAUCAAAAAAAUCAAUGCAUUCCUAUGGGAUUUGCUAGACAAAUUUUUCGUUAUAAGAAAAGACCUGUGGAACAAAUUAAAUUCGUCUAGCGAGGCACCACUGUACUGGUAUUUUUUAAGAUGGCUUAGCAACUGCUAGAUGUUAAAAGGACAGACUUGGGAAUUUUAAGAUGAGUGAGUCUGGGCUCCCUGCAGCCAAAAGGGUAGGGAAUAAGCACUGCUCUUUCCCUAUACUAGUCCUGCUUGCCUCCUCCUCACUGAUUUGACAUCUUGCGUACAUCAACAAAAUCCCAAGUUCAUUCAGCUGCAAAUCUUGGAAGGAGCAUAACAUAAGCAAAGCAAAUACCGUUUAUUCCAAGCUCUACUUCUCCCUUCCCGGCCCCCACCCAAAAAAUGUGCAGUGCACAUAACCGCUACUUGCAGUCUUGUUCUCUCGCACACAAUCACGCACACUGCAGGGUUUCUUUUAAGUGCCACCUGGGUUUCCAUUUUCAUGAGCCUUCCAACAAGUGUUGUCCUACUUCUGAGGAUUCUGAAUUCAUAGAUGAUGCCCACUCUUGUUUCCACAAGCCCUACUUCAGAUGAUUAGGCUGAGAUAGAAACUGGAGAUUUAAGUGCAAGGAGGGUGGGGGAGGGGGGAGCAGCCUUCCAUCACCUGCCUUGCUAGUCAAAGCAUGCAAGGGGUUGCCAACUUUUCGGCUUUCCCACUGCAUCUGUGCGUUUCAACAUUAGCUUGCUCGGCGGCAGACAAUAGCAUAGAAACAUAGAGUUGGAAGAGACCACAAGGGCCAUCCAGUCCAACCCCCUGCCAAGCAGGAAACACCAUCAAAGCAUUCUUGACAUAUGGUUGUCAAGCCUCUGCUUAAAGACCUCCAAAGAAGGAGACUCCACCACACUUCUUGGCAGCAAAUUCCACUGUCGAACAGCUCUUACUGUCGGGAAGUUCUUCCUGAUGUUUAGGUGGAAUCUUCUUUCUUGUAGUUUGAAUCCAUUGCUCCGGGUCCGCUUCUCUGGAGCAGCAGAAAACAAACAACCUUUCACCCUCCUCUAUAAUAGAAGCAUAGCAGGUGAUGAUGGUUUUCUCUUCAGGUUGUGAAAAUGCUCAGCUGUGGGGGGGUUUUGCGGACAAGCUCCUGUUAAAAGGUCUAAGAGGAGAGCAGACCAGCUGACUACUUUGGAUAUAAAGUAGGUAAGAAAAAUGCCCUUGUUUUGCUUUGCAAACCACAUACCACGCCAGCUGCCUUUUUGCAGUAAACUCUUCUUACAGAGCCACCAAUGAAUACAAACAUACCAUCUACUUCAACCUGAACAUUAAACAAACUCAUCCUUCCUGCCUGUACCUUUCCUAGUAGUUCUGCAUCUUCAUUUUUUUCUCACUGCAACCAGUUUGUUUCAUUUGCCCUAUGCGCUGGUGGAGAUAAAUGAGGUGGAAAAAAUUCUGGACUGCAAUACCUAUUGAGGGAAGAUGGGGAAAUGCUUUUUUUU